AACAAGAAGGAUGGAUCGCGAGACAGAUUCAGGAGCAAGCCCGGGGCGUAGUUGCGCUGCCAAAGGAUACGGAUGGGGCGAUUGAAUCUAUACCCGAAAACUUGGCACAAUUUGGCUAGAAAUUUUGCGAAAAAUGCAAAAUCUGCAAAAAGUUCUAAUGACGGACAGCGCAGCCUGAGGCUGUAAGCCUGUACCUACUCCGCAAAAUUCUACCAAAGUCUCCAAGCCAGCCUUGCGACCGGCAGAACGCUGCUGGGGCUUUCGGUCUUAGUCGGCUAGGAUCUAGGGCGCGCCGCUCGCAGAAUUGUCUGAAGAGAGCUAAGCGCACGCAAAAACAGAAGCCCAGCGAGGAGCGAAAUCGCUGGGCAACUCAGUGGGCUUAGUCGGCCCAGCCGAUAAUGCGCAGGCUGCUGGUCUUCGUUUGGUCUUAUGAAGGAGGCCAGACUGUUCGCGCUUCAUUUUUAACCUGGUCAAGCUUGUCGCACCUCGACCGCGGGGGGCCCUUUUUUUGCCGGUGUGCCUCGGCUGCUCGGCUUUCCUCGGUCUUGCGUCUUCGCGCGCGACCGUGGGGCCCCCGCUAUACGUGGCGGGGGGCAGUGGGUGGCGCACAGAGUUCUGAUAUGACCGCCGCGCGUUGUUAUUCUCAUCGGUGUGGUUAGCUAGGGGACUGAGAUAGACGAAAAUGCAGGACAAAGACAAGGAGAAUGGGAGGGGCUGAACCCUCGCCCCUUGAAGAAAUGAGACGGAGGGGGAACGCGCAUCGUGGUGGACAGAGGUGAAAAAAGUGGGACAGGGAUGGGAAGUGGAGGCAAGAGACCCCCGCCCUGCCUUUGACGAAAGAAAUGGCACCGAGCUGGAGCACAGGGCGGCGCGAAAGAUGGGCGCGAAAUCUUCGCGAAGAGUUGCCUCGGCUGGUCUUCGCUGUCUCGGUGUUUGUGAGGAUGAAAACGGCGCCGGCGUGGCCUCGGGCGCUUUGUGUUUGUGCUGGCUGUUGUCUCUGUUGUUAGCAGCCCCAUCGCCAGGUGGGUGCGGACCGCCCGCACACCAUUGGCAUCGCCGCCGCCUGGAAUGCGGCUGCGGCACACCUGUGCAAGCUCCUCGAGGAGUAGAGUUUCUCGGCGGCGGAUAGGAUAAACGCAGGCGGGGAAGCAGUGGCAAAGCGGGACGGCGUUGGCCAUCUUUCUGCGCUUGGGCGCCUUGGCUGGCUCUUCGUUUUUUUUUCUAUUUAAGGAGAGGACCUUGACGAAAAGGCUGCGCAGUCAUUCUUUCAGCUGACUCCUCUCGGAGUCUUCUUGAAUAGAUAACGGCGUGAGGCUCUAGCACUGUCUGCCAAAACUUGUAAACUCACCGCAAAUAUUCCGCGGAAAUUCUGGGGCCUUCGCAGGGAUGAGAUGGCACCCCGCCCCGCCCGAUCGGUGGGCUUGCAUCUGUCAUCAUCAUCAUCGUCGUCGGGCUUUCGCCUUCCGUGUUUUGUCGAUGAAGCCAGACACGGAAGCGGACCGCCAAAACGAAACAAGCCCGCAACAAUUUGCAAGGGAACCGCAUCAGGCUCCGCGCCUUUCGUCUCUGGUUUUUGUGGUUUGUUACUUAUCUGCUUCCCUCUCCAGACUUCGGAGGCCUUUGGUGUUGUGCCUUCGUUUUGGAAUUUGGCGGGUGGCUGCGCCGCAGACUGGUUCGCUGGCUUGUGAGUUUCUCGGCGCACUGGAGGGGUUGGCCUGGUCGUGUGUGGGUCGGUUGUGUAGGUUUUGUUUUCGGGGCUCUUGUGGGCUUCGUGUCAAUGAGACAAGGACAAGGGCCGCGCGCGUGAGCGUCGGCAACUUUCUGCCAAGAUUUUCGGCGGCCGUCGAGCGUGGUCUGCUCCAAAGUACGUAGCGGACCAGCGCAGCUGAGGAAGGUGAAAAGAGUGGGGCCACAGAGAGACACGGAGAGGGCAGUGGAGGACGCGUCUUGUCUCCUUGAUGGAGUGGCACAGGGGUGGCGAAUUGUGUGGGACUGAGAUGAUAAAAGUAGGGCAAAAACGGGAAGGGCUGAAGGACUUCGAACCCCCGCCGCUGAAGAGAGGAGACGCGGGCGUGGUGUGUCUAAAUCUAUCAGUUGGGUGAGGCGAAUGAAGUGAGGCAACGUCGGAAAGAGUCAAAGGGGAGGCUUUGGGGCUUCUCCCCUUGGGGAAGUGACUGACUGGCACCGGGGUAAAGCAUGGUGGACCAUCUAGAGGACGCACGGAAGGGGCGAAGACUAACAGCCGCGCGGCAAAGCCAUCCACGAAGAAGCAGAAGCGUGGGGCUUUUUCCCCUCGGACAUGCAUAUAAGUAGAUAAGAAGUGAGACGGCGGCAGAGCGUGGCAUCGUUAGGGGACAGACCGCGAAAAAUGUAAGACAAAACUGAAGAAGAGCACGGGCAAGAAGCGUUGGGCCCUCUUCUUUAACGCAGUGGCACUCGCACUCCCUCGCUGGCCUUUCACCUCCAUGGUAUGCAGCUGAGACGGAAAAACUGAAAAGGCCCAACGCAACUAAGGAGGCGCUUGGGCUGUGUGUGUUGGUGUUGACCAGGCUGCGCAGGUGUGUGUCGCUGGCAAACAGCUGCGGACAUGGGGCUGGCAGCGUGGUCCUGGGGCUCGGCUGGCCGAUAACGGUUUGCAACUACAAUGGAGCUGGGGCGGGUGCUGAUUGUUCUUGGUCUUCGGCCGCUGCGCUUCCACCUGGGCGAGAAGCUGCUGGCGAAGCGGCUCGGCCUCUGUCGUGCCGCCCCAGGGAAUUCCCGCUGAGGGGCUCUUUUAUUUUGUUAUCGGCUGCGUGCCUCCCGUUUCUACCACAGUCCCGCCCAUGCAGUUGCAGAAGGAAGACCCAGCGCCCGCAGCUCCAAUUCUGCAACGCUCGCGCCGAUGGUUCCACGCGGGCGCAAAUGAAACGGAAAAGAACGGGGGCGCCCAUUUGCUUCGCGCGUGAUUAUACAAACGCGCGAGUCCUCGGCGAAGUUGAGCAGGGUCUUGGCUUGUCAAUUUUGCUGCAUUUUGUCGCUUACUUCUAAAUGUGUUAGUCUGUUUUUUUUUGCCGCCCGCUUAUUCCAGCUUUACUGGCUCUUGCAGUUUCCGCCCUUUGCGAUGCUUGUUGUGAUUCAUUUAUGGAAAACCCAGGGCCACUGGGGUGGGCGACAUUGGUAAAGCCAAGGCUUUCGACAUGCAUCCUGAUCCGCAGGGCAUACGUCUGUAGAGCAGAAAAAUAAUGAGGCGGGCGGACUCCUCUCCAAAUUUUUGGUCAACUUGUGCCAAAUUUUCGCACUAGGGACAAUCAGCGGACGGAUCUAAUAAAGGACAAAAAAUAACGUACGGCAUCUGGGCAGGCGGCAUCUUCCUUAUUGUUGCUAUCGUAUAUGGCGGUUUGGCGAUUGAGGCGGCACGAGGGAAUCUGGUGUUGCCGUGGUCGAGUAUGUAGAGGAAGUGG